CCUAUUUUUCUUCAUCCAACCCCUCUCUGCCUUUCUGUGAUCGACCCGCCAUCUGUUUGUGAGACGUACCAUCGUUUUUCUCUGUGUUGGGGAGAUGGGUCCUUCGGUUUCGGCCUUUGCAGGGCUUCUGGUUGCUCUGCUGGCCAUGGCGGCUGCCCAUGGCUGCUCCGACGAGGACUUGAUCGGCAGGCUGCCGGGGCAACCGAGAGUCCACUUCAGGCAGUACGGCGGGUACGUGACGGUGGACGAGAAGGCAGGGAGGAAUCUCUUCUAUUACUUCGCGGAGGCGCAGCACCGCCCUCAUCAUAAACCGUUGACUCUCUGGCUGAACGGAGGCCCUGGCUGUUCCUCCGUUGGAGGUGGUGGUUUCACAGAGUUAGGUCCAUUCUUCCCCAGAGGAGAUGGUCGGAGCCUCCGAAGAAAUCCUAAAUCAUGGAAUAAAGCUUCCAAUAUGCUUUUUGUUGAAUCUCCUGCCGGAGUUGGAUGGUCAUACUCCAAUACAAGUUCUGACUAUAAUCGUGGUGAUGAAACUACUGCUGUGGACAUGCUCAAAUUUCUCCUGGGAUGGUAUGAGAAAUUUCCAGAGUACAAGUCAAGAGGAUUGUUCCUAACUGGAGAAAGCUAUGCAGGGCACUACAUACCACAGUUAGCCAAUGUGCUGCUACAACACAACAGGCAUUCGUCUGGCUUCAAGUUCAACCUUAAGGGUUUAGCUAUUGGCAAUCCACUUCUCAAUCUAGCAGUAGAUGCGGCAGCAACUUAUGAAUAUUUAUGGUCCCAUGGUUUGAUUUCUGAAGAGACUGGUUUUGCCAUCAAGAAAGAAUGUGAUUUCGGGAAGUAUACAGAUAGCGGAGACAAUCUUUCCCGUUCAUGCAUAAAAGCAAUUAAUGAUGCAGAAAAGGAAGUUGGUGACUACAUCAAUGAGUAUGAUGUUAUUCUAGAUGUCUGUUAUCCAUCAAUUGUGGAACAAGAACUCCGACUGCGAAAAUGGGCCUCUAAAAUCAGCAUAGGAGUUGAUGUGUGCAUGACUUAUGAAAGGCAUUUCUAUUUUAAUCUUCCAGAAGUUCAAGAUGCUCUUCAUGCAAACAGAACUAAAUUGCCAUAUACAUGGAGCAUGUGCAGCGGAUUUUUGAAUUAUACUGAGUCAGACGUAAGCAUCGACAUUCUUCCCGUGCUCGAAACAAUCAUCAGGCAUGGCAUACCUGUCUGGAUAUUCAGUGGUGAUCAAGACUCUGUGGUCCCUCUAUUGGGCUCACGAGCCCUCACUCGCAAGCUGGCUGGUGAACUAGGCUUCAAUACGACAGGACCAUAUGGCGCAUGGUUCUAUGAGGGGCAAGUUGGUGGAUGGGCAACGGAAUAUGGGGAUAUGCUGACAUUUGCAACUGUCAGAGGUGCUUCUCACAUGGUUCCAUUCUCUCAGCCAGGAAGAGCACUCGCCCUCUUCAAGUCUUUCCUCGCUAACAGAAGAUUGCCGAACACCACAAGUGUUCCCAUUGACUAGAACACUGAACUCUGAAGACAGGAAUAUGAAUAACCAUAUUGCAUUUAUGUAAAUUCUUUGCUUGUU